GUAGUUACAGUCACACACACACUCACGGGUACCCUUCCCCUUUUCGUCAAUUUCAUUUCACUAUUUAUUCUCUCUCUUUCUCUCACUCUCUCUCUUCAUUCAGCAAUUUUCUCCAAUCUCUCUAAGCGCAAUAACCAUGACUAGUUCUUCAGCUGCAUCUCGCAAGACUCUGAGCAAAAUUGCCUGUAAUCGGCUCCAGAAAGAACUCGUCGAAUGGCAGGUUAAUCCACCAACUGGUUUCAAACACAGAGUCACCGACAAUCUCCAAAGGUGGGUUAUUGAAGUGGGUGGAGCUCCUGGGACACUGUACUCCAAUGAGACCUAUCAGCUUCAGGUGGAUUUUCCUGAGAAUUACCCGAUGGAAGCUCCACAGGUGAUAUUCUUGCAUCCGGCUCCAUUGCAUCCUCAUAUCUAUAGCAAUGGUCAUAUUUGUUUAGAUAUAUUAUAUGAUUCAUGGUCUCCUGCAAUGACUGUCAGUUCUAUCUGCAUUAGUAUUCUGUCGAUGCUUUCAAGCUCAACUGCAAAGCAACGCCCUGAAGAUAAUGAUCGCUAUGUAAAGAACUGCAGAAAUGGAAGAUCACCAAGGAGACAAGGUGGUGGUUCCACGAUGACAAAGUAUGAUAACAAGUUUUCCUUAAUAAGUUCACAAAACUAGAGUAGAGGAUUAUCCUUCUGAAUGGGAAAAACAUAAAAGAGAAACCAGGAUCCCUUUAAUUAUAUGGAUUACGACUCUCCUGUAAAUUAAAAUUGCCUGGUAAUUUGUAAAGGAAGAGGAAAUCAGGAAACUAUGUGAGCAACUUUGAGGAUCAAACAAACUCGGAACAAUGUUGUUAAUCUCAUUGAUAUAUUUGAAUGUGGUUAUAGAUGGCUUAUUAACCCUCGUAUUUAA